AUGCCCAUCAUGGCCUCCAAAUUCAACCACAAUGGGGCCCUCAUUGAAAUUGAGUUUGACACCCCUGGACUAACAGACGACCUGAGUGCUGCAUGUGUUGCUCUCAAACUUCCAAAGUCUGAGUCAAGCUCCUUGCUACGCAAGGCAGCCGCCACAGCGGACAUAGAUCCACCCCUGAAUCCUAAGCCCGCAGCUGAGUCUUCAGGCAAAGGUAAGAGCAAAAAGAAAAAGGGCCCCUUCCACAGGCCUCCUUUGGCUAAGGAGGAGAUUUCCACGCCUGAAAUGUUCAUGGAGGUACUCAAAUCGCAGUGGGUCAAAUCAGGGUCUUUCCCCACCCCAGGGGCAAAUGAGAGAAAAUUUUACAAUCUCAAUCAGACUUUUGCCCAGGCUCUCCAGCUUCCGGAAGUGGACAAUCCGGUGGUCACCCUGGCAUCAGCCUCAGCGGUUGUCGCAGGUGACACGGCCAACUGCCUGAAGCCGGAGGAUAAGAAGGCAGACAUCGUCCUGCGCAAGAUGUUCCAGGCCAUCACCUGGGCCAUCAGGGCGGCCGGCUCUGCUUCUUUCUUUAACAGGUCCAUGGUCCUAUGGUUGGAGCAGCUGAGAGACAGGACUCCGGCUUCAGAGGUCCGCCUACUGCAGGAUAUAUCCAAGAUGCUGGCGGCAACCCAGUUUUCAGCGGACGCCACCCUGGAUGCGGUAAAGUAUGCAUCCCGCUCUAUGUCUUCUUCAGUCGCUUCUAGGCGCCUUCUCUGGCUACGCCACUGGCAGGCGGAAUCCCAGAUGAAGUGGUACCUGAUGGGGGCAGACUACACCAGGGAGAAGCUAUUUGGGACGGCGCUGGACCCCCUCCUUGUGGAGGAUAAGAACAAGCGGAAGGUUCUGCCGACAACAGCCAAGCGUUUGGACUUCCGCCACGUGCCAUACCCCAGGAGGACCCCGUACAGACCACCCGACGGGGACAACCAAAGCCAGAGAGAACCGACGAGGAGGACCCUCACCACAGACGCAAGUCUCUUCGUCUGGGGGGCCCACCUGGAGAAUCAAAUCGCCCAGGGCCGCUGGACUUCGACGGAUCUUCGAAACAACAUCAACUGGUUGGAGCUCAGAGCCAUCCAUCUGGCCCUUCGCCACUUCAAGGAAUCGGUAGCCGGACAUCACAUCCUGGUCCUGACCGACAAUGUAGCGGCCAAGGCGCACGUGAACAGACAGGGCGGCACCCACUCCAAGGCCCUUCGCAAGGAGGCCCUGCGGCUGGGACAUUGGGCAGAGAGGCACCUACAGUCCAUCAGGGCCGAGCACAUCUCCGGAAUGGAAAACCAGCAGGCAGACUGGCUCAGCAAGGAGACGGUAGACAAUGGAGAGUGGCAGCUCCACCCCUCGAUCUUCCGUCAGAUCUGUGAGAGGUUCGGACAUCCGACGGUGGACUUUUUCGCAACCCCGCAGAACGCCCAGCUGCCAGAGUUCAUUUCGAGAUUCUGCUACGAUCCAUCGGUUAAUAUGGGAGAGUUGGAGGAGGUCAGUAGGUGUGGCUCCAAAAGAUUAGUACCUCAGUCUCCAAUAGGCAAGAAGGCUUGGUUAAUACCCAUAUGUUACUCCUCCCAUGCUUCUCUUCUAAACAUGCACUUCAGGUUAUACAUGCAAAACUACCAGCAUAAUUUGGCUUUGGAAUUUGCAGUCAAAGAAAUCAAUGAGAAUUCCAAGAUCUUGCCUAAUAUGACCCUCGGUAUCCAUAUCUCCAAUAGUUAUGUCUUGGCAAGAUGGAUCUAUCUGGCUUCCAUGGAACUCCUGUCUACAAAGGGAAGGUUCAUCCCGAACUACAAGUAUGACCUCAAAGACAAUGUAAUAUCAGUGAUUGCAGGACACAAUGCUUAUGUUGGUCAGUUCAUGUCAAAUAUUCUGAGCAUUUACAAGGUUCCUCAACUCAUAUAUGGUUCAGCUCCAGAGAUGGAUGAUAAUAUACAAGCUGCUUUCUUCCAUCAAUUAUUUCCCAAUGAAGAUCUUCAGAUUAUGGGAAUCAUCCAAUUAUUGCUUCGCUUUGAAUGGAAAUGGAUUGGUCUCAUUAUACUAAAUCCUGAAAGAGGGAAGAGUUUUAUAAAAAAAAUACUUGAUAUGUUUUCUAAGAAAGGCAUCUGUUUUGACUUCAUAGAAGAAAUGCCAAGGGAAACUGUUACCAAUGACAUUGAAAAUCAACUUAAUGGCUGUUUUAUGAUAUAUGAGGUUAUUAUGAAAAGUACUGCCAAUGUUGUGAUUGUAUAUUGUGAGAAUGAGGACAUGACUGUCCUUAGAAUGUUGCCCUACAUUUCAGAAUAUGUGGACAUGCCAAUGGAGAGAAAAGAUAAAGUUUGGAUAAUGCCAGCACAGAUGGAAUUCACAUCAAUCCCCUUUCAAAGAACCAGAGGCAUGGACUUCAUCCAUGGUGCCCUAUCGUUGGCAGUCUCCUCAAAGGAAAUACUAGGGUUUAAGAAAUUCAUUCAGAUGAGAAAGCCCUCUUCAGAAGAAGAGGACAGCUUGACAAGAUUGUUUUGGGAACAUGCAUUUGAAUGUUCCUUCCCAAAUGCUGGGUUAGAUGAGGACAGUGGCAAUCGGUGCACUGGUGUGGAGUCACUGGAAACCCUUCCCAAAUGUCUAUUUGAAACUAGUAUAACUGGGCAAAGUUAUAGCAUUUACAAUGCCGCCUAUGCAGUGGCCCAUGCUCUGCAAGCCAUGCUUUCAUCUCAGAGCAGAAAAAGAGGAAAUGCUUGGGAACUCAGGACUCACAAUCAACAAUCAUGGCAGGUACAACCAUUUUCUAUGUGCAAUCCUCAAUGCUUAUCAGGUUUGCUUAUCAGCAAAAUAAAAAAAGAAGGAAGGCCAUUUUGUUGUUAUGAUUGCCUUAAAUGUCCAGAAAGGAAAAUUUCAACCAAGACAGAUGCAGAUGACUGCUUCCCAUGUUCAGAAGAUCAAUAUCCAAACAAAGCUCACAAUCUUUGUGUUCCAAAACGCAUCACAUUUUUGUCUUACAAUGAAUCUCUGGGAAUUAGUUUAACAAUUAUUGCUUUCUUCUUUUCUUUUAUCUCAGCUUGGGUGCUGCAUAUCUUCAUUAAACACCAGGACACUGCAAUUGUCAAAGCCAACAAUAAGAACCUUACCUACAUUCUUCUCAUUGCCCUCUUCCUCUCCUUCCUUUGCAUUUUGCUUUUCAUUGGGAAACCUGACCAAGUGAAAUGUCUCUUGCGACAAACUGCUUUUGGCACCAUCUUCUCUGUAGCCCUUUCUUGUAUUUUGGGCAAAACAAUUAUAGUGGUUCUUGCUUUCAUGGCCACCAAGCCAGGCUCCAAAAUGAGGAAGUGGGUGGGGAAAAGGCUGGCCAAUAUUGUUGUUCUUUCUUGCUCCUUAGUGCAAGGCACCAUUAGUAGUGUGUGGCUGGCAACUUCUCCCCCAUUCCCCUAUUCAGACAUUCAUUCUAUGGCUGAAGAAAUUGUCCUAGAAUGCAACGAGGGUUCAGCCAUCAUGUUUUAUAUUGCCCUUGGUUUUAUGGGUUUCUUGACUUCUAUCAGUUUCAUAGUAGCUUUCAAUGCUAGGAAGCUUCCUGAUAGUUUCAAUGAAGCCAAAUUUAUCACCUUCAGCAUGUUGGUCUUUUGCAGUGUCUGGAUAUCAUUUCUUCCCACCCAUUUGAGCACCAAAGGGAAGUAUAUGGUGGCUGUGGAGAUCUUCUCCAUUUUGGCUUCUGCUGCUGGUUUACUGGGCUGUAUCUUUGCCCCAAAAUGCUACAUUAUUGUUCUGAGGCCUGAUUUGAACAGAAAGGAACAGCUGGUAAAGAAAUAA